AAUAUAUAAGUAUAUGUUCAAACACAAACAAUCGAAGUUAAUCGAACAACGCGAUGGGUUUACAAAAUCAGCUGUCCGACGUGUCAUCGGAAUCGGUCCUCGUAUUCAUGGUGGUGCUUGUCGGAAAGAGCGUAAGUUAUCUCCACUCCCUUCUCCUCACUAUCCUGCACAACCUCGGCCUAUUCUCCCCCCGGUUCGAUCCGGCCGGCGCCGACCACCGCCGACAUUUCGAGAGCUCUCUAUACGAGGUCGCCGGCGCCGGUCUGGCCAACCUAGUCGUGCUCUGCGACCAAUUGAAUCUGAACCGGGCUUUUUCCUACCGGAACCGGUCCGACGGAGUUGACGGCGAGUUGGAUAUGGAUUGCGUGGUGUGCCUGAACCGGCUGGACGAGGGGGACCACGUGCGUAGGCUAGCUUGCCGCCACGUGUUCCACAAGGAUUGCUUUGACGGCUGGCUCAACCACCUGAACUUCAACUGCCCCCUUUGCCGGACGCACCUAUCGUCCGGAGAGAGCGUGAUGAUCACGCGCAGGCGCGUCGCUGAAGAUCUCCUCGCGUGGUUCCCGUCUCAGUGAUGUAGUGUAGAACCACGGCGGCGCGUGGCGGUGACGAGUUUGAUGCGAAUGUGUGUUUUUUGGGACCUUUUUUAAUCUCUUUUUUUCCAGGUUAAACUUGGUGGCAGUUUUGACAUUUCACUUUUCUUUUUCUUUUUUUCUUUUUUUUUUCCCUUUUCUUUUUCUUGGGAAAUUAUCCUCUGUUUUUGAGGUGUUCCUUACCAUAGGAGCUCCUUUCACCUACUGUAACAUUUUUUUUAUUAAUCUUUUUUUU